AUGUCUGAUACAGACGAUGGUGUCAAAGCGUCUGAUUCGCUCUCCAACAGCUACCUCGGCAGGCUACCACAGGAGUUGCGAGACGAGGUUUACAAGCAUUACUUCACGACGCGUGGAGGCUAUCUCAUCGAUCCCACCACGAACACCUUGCGUGCAGUGGAUGGAAAGCCCAUCAAUCUGUCAUUGAGAUUAACAUGCCACGCCAUCGCGAAAGAGACGGAAGGGUUGGCGCUCCAAUACAACACCAUCCACGCCACAACUACCGAAGAGAAGCGCUUCAUAUGGGCAGCUUACCACUCGUUAAGAGUAACAAAGGGGGAUUCCUUCGAUGAUCACAGGGCUCUGGUGCAGCUCUCUAGAUGCAUUACCCCAGGUGUAGCCGAUGAGAUCCUGGAAGGGUUCCCUCAGUAUAGGGACGCGCUGCAGGAGUUGAUUGCAAACAGAAAUAGGGAGGGGCCAGGUAGGAAAUACAUGCGCUGCACUCCUCCCACAGCUACAGAGGCCUGGUCUACGGAGCAGAGAUUCGUCUCCCGUGCCGUGAAGAUAAUGGAUGAGCGCUUGGAUAUCCCCGGAUCACUAUACAGUGCUCUAAGCCGUCUACAUUUGUUGUCGCUAUUGAACACCGGUCCGGAGCAGCAAGCGCCCUGUUGGGAAUUCCAGAGGAAAACGAACCCUUUCGAAAUCGUUUUCAGCCGGAUCGAUGGAAGGCCUGUUAUGGGUGAAGAUAAACCGUCAUCCUGCUUUUCCGCAGCGGCCGUAGCAAUACGAUUCUGGAACGCCCUUGACCCGACGACCCGCAUGCAAAUCCGACGAUUCGAUAUCGACGAGGAUAGGCGCUCCAGAUUCUUCCCCAUGUGCCAUACGGAGGGCUUCAUCCCAUUGUGGCAAGAGAACCCUAAGCUUCGUAUCAAUCGUCGCGUCAAUCUCGUGAAUACUAUUGUCGAAGAAGCUCGUCAACCUGACAGAUCAGCUUGGCAUCGGGAGCACGCGCAUCAUGCAGACAAACUAAAGACACUUUGGGAUUGGAUCGCCGAGGUCAAAGCACUACACGCUGCAUUUGUUAUACCCAAGGGGGCUUUCAGUCUCAAGUUUUAUUCUGAUGCGUCGCCUGAAGACACUAAAGAGGUAGUUGACGUUAUGCAAGAAGCGGCAGCCUGGCAGAUGGCGCUCGACAAAGUAGCGCAGAACGGAAACGCAGGUAACACGCAUGCUCUUGGGUUCAAUUACUCGGAUUACCUUUGGGACCCGCGGGGACUGGCGUGGCAUGAGUUGCAGGAAAUAUCAAAGGGCUCCUCGAUAAUCAAGUGUGACUUUGACAUGGGCCAGUCUGUGGACCCAAAGGACUUGUACGAUGGCAGUGGUCGCUGGUCGCAUGAGAGAUGGAAUAGCCACUGUGCUAUGAAUGACUCCAAUAGUUGGCGGGCUACGUGGUAA